GCUACACUCUGGCGGCAAGGUGUUCAAAAACAAGAGUGGAAAUUUGGCACUGUAAAUAAAGACGGUUCCCCAACUGGUCCUACUGGCUGUCAUGGCCCGAACGAUCCCAACUAUGUAAUUACAAUUCCUGUUAGUGACGUAUUUUACGAUCCAGCUGUUCCUGCAAUCGGAUAUACUCCAUUACCUCCUCCUCCUGCAACAUUGAUGAAUGCUGUUUUUGCAAUCGAUUUAUAUGAAAUUCAGCAAAUG